CCCAGGAGGGUGGCCCCAGGAGGGGUGGGGUUCCAGGCCUGGAGGAAGGGCUGAGGAGGGCAGGGCAGUAACCACUGUCCCUUUCCAUGCCACUGUGGCCAGCUCCCGCUGAGGACAGGACGCACGGGAUGGGAGGAGAAGGAGGCUGAGCCCAGCCUAUGGGCCAGGAAUGGGCUCGGGCUCUCUGAGCAGACCUCGGGCCCCGGGAUAGAAAGGGGGACCACAUGGGUCGUCCCAACGCUCUGGUUGGGUCCUGGGUCUCCGGCCUCGCCAGUGACUGAGUUCCAAAUGCUGGCGGACCCCGUGCCUCUGUCAGGCUGGGGGCUAGGAAGCUCAAGGGGGACCCGGGGGUCUGCAGACCUGCCAGCAAGGUUGCUACAAGGGCACAAGGCAUACCCUCCCCUCUCCUCCCCCCCACCCCCCAAAAAGCUCUCUGCGCAUGAGUGGCUGAGACAGACUGUACUCCAGGGACCAGCCCCCCCUGCAUGGAGCAUCUCCUCAGCAGCCCCCUGGAGGCCCGGCGUUGGUGGUAGUGACAAUAUCAGCCGAUGAGGGAAAUUAGGGCUGGGGGGUCGUGGGAGCCGGCAGGCAGCCCUGACCAGUUCACCCAGUGAAGGAAGAUGCUCCAGACGUUGGCAGAAUGCCCUUGUUGGAAAAAUAUUUGCGGAGCGAUGGGCCAUGCCAUCUCUAAUGGCCUCGUGCUGAUCGGCACCGGAAGCUCCGUGAGGCUGGACAGGGAGUUGGACCUGGCCGUGAAGACAAUGGUGGAGGUCUCCAAAACACAGCCGCUGACGCAGCGGGAGCGGCUGCACGUGUCUGCAGUGGAGGCCUUUGCCAAGGGGAACUUUUCCAGAGCCUGUGAACUAUGGGAACAGAUUCUCUGGGACCACCCAACAGACAUGUUAGCCCUAAAAUUUUCCCAUGAUGCCUACUUUUAUCUGGGCUAUCAGGAACAGAUGCGGGAUUCUGUGGCUCGGAUAUACCCCUUCUGGACGCCCGACAUCCCCCUUAGCAGCUACGUGAAAGGCAUCUAUUCCUUUGGCUUGAUGGAAACCAACUUCUAUGACAAGGCAGAAAAGCUUGCCAAAGAGGCUUUGUCCAUUAACCCGACAGACGCAUGGUCGGUGCACACCAUCGCCCAUAUUCACGAGAUGAAAGCAGAAAUCAAGGAUGGAUUGGAAUUUAUGCAGCACUCAGAAACCCACUGGAAGGACUCUGAUAUGCUUGCUUGUCAUAAUUAUUGGCACUGGGCUCUGUAUCUGAUUGAGAAGGGCGAGUACGAGGCCGCGCUGACCAUUUACGACACGCACAUCCUCCCCAGCUUGAAGGCCAGUGGAGCGAUGCUGGAUGUGGUGGACAGCUGUUCCAUGCUGUACCGGCUGCACAUGGAAGGGGUGUCCGUGGGGGAGCGGUGGCAGGACGUCCUGUCGGUGACCCAGAAGCACAGCCGUGACCACAUCCUGCUGUUCAACGACGUGCACUUCCUGAUGGCAUCCCUGGGUGCUCGGGACCCCCAGACCACGCAGGAGCUUCUGACCACCCUGCAGGAUGCCAGCGAGUCCCCCGGGGAGAAUUGCCAGCACCUCCUGGCCCGUGACGUGGGGCUGCCCCUGUGCCGGGCCCUGGUGGAGGCCGAGAACGGGAACCCGGACCGUGUCGUGGAACUGCUCCUGCCCAUCCGCUACCGUAUCGUCCAGAUCGGAGGCAGCAACGCCCAGAGAGACGUCUUCAACCAGUUACUGAUCCACGCGGCCUUGAACUGCGCUUCUGGAGUCCACAAGAACGUGGCACGGAGCCUCCUGAUGGAGCGUGAUGCCUUGAAGCCGAACUCACCCCUGACCCAACGGCUCAUCCGAAAGGCUGCGGCCGUCCACCUCCUGCAGUGAGCUAGGCCUGGCCCCCUCCCUAGCGUCAGAUCUGCUGCCCCCUGGCUUCUAGGGUUAGAAGCGGCUAGAGCCCGUUAGGUGGUUCUGUUGAGUAAUUUUGCAGCUUUAAGCAAAAAGCCCUGUAACCAGCAGCGUUACAGGGAGCGGGGACACCAAUCGACUUUAAACACGAGUCAGGAUCUUUUCGUCCUUGUCCAGGGCUGAGGGGCAGCCUCAAGCAGUUAGAACCAAACUAGUUUUUUACCACUUGCCUUGCAAACUGUAUCUUCGCAGGGCACUCCCGCAUCUCCUGGUGUUCAAGGGUUGGAAGGCGGGGUUGGCUGGAGGCCAGCGCAGCUCAGGGAGGACAGUCUUCCACACAGCCCCUGGGGACCCCCUCCCCCCAGGCCGCCCCUGGGAUAAACCCUCACCUCGUCUUCCUCAUAUUCUAGAUCUGUUGUCCCAUCUUUUGGUUGAGGGCACCCAUGAUGGGGGAAGUGACUUGCCCGGGUCACAGCUAGUGGAGGCCCUAAGAUUCGCCUUGGGCCUCCGCAAGGCCUCACCUCACCGUCUGUGGGUCCCCCAGCUGCCCCCCCCUCCACCUCAAAGAAGCACAAGCAUGUGGGGGGCCCUCUGCCGUCUCUGGAGAGGUCUGUGAGCUUCCCAGGGGGCUUCAGUGGUGCCGAUCAAGGGGCCUCGGGUAUGUGGUUUCCUUUGCCAGCUAUGACUUUAAUCAUACGAGUGCACAGGCGCUGAGUUGACACACUUUCUGGGGCGUGUGGAUUGAGCCCAGGGUUGCCCUGUUGUGGCAACAAACACACAGCACUGUGGCCCGUGGCUUUACCACGAUCCGAGCCGGUUUUACAAAUGCUGCCUCAGUCUCAGUUUCCCCCUUUUCUUAACCUGGCCCUUAAAUCAGGGAGUUGCUGAUUUCACUGGAAUGCGCCCGUGAGGGGCGAUCCUGGCCCCUAAAUGUUUCUCAGGUUCCUUCAGUGUAAGCUGACAUUAGGGAGGGACCCAGGCAGGGGGCAGGUCUCCUGCAGUGGAGGCCUCCAAAUCGAUUAGACAAAUUUUCUGAGAUUAAAAUAAAUCAGAUAAUCAGUUCCUUUGA